AUGGCAAUCAACCAAACACAGGAUCAGAGUUUGGAUGAGGAGAUUGCAGAUCUUGAGGAACGUCUGAAAAAUGCGAGAGCUCGGCGGGCGCUGGCCACUGGGAAGGCUCCUUUCCUAGAUCCGUCCAAUCCGAUACCCGUCCACGCGCUGCUCCUUCUUUCUGACUCGGCGCUUCCCACCGGUGGGUUUGCAUACUCCAAUGGACUCGAAUCGUACCUUGCCCAUCUCAAGCUACAAGGACGUAUAGCCAAUCCAGAGGCAGCCUUUGACUCGUUCCUUGCGCUCUCGAUUGCGUGUGUGGCGAGCACCUCACUACCGUACUUGUUGGCAGCGCAUCGACAACCCGAAAUGUUGGAAACCAUCGAUAACGAUCUCGAUGCAUCCACCCCUUGUGUUGUAGCUCAGCGGGCGAGCCUCGCCCAAGGACGAGCUCUACUGGGGGUCUGGGAACGAUCCUUCCGCGUGCCCUACACUUCAGUGAGCGAUGCAGAAGCGGUGACGGCUGUCAAGAUUCUCGAAAGGUUUUCUACCGGGCUCAAGAGCCGCAAUAACCCAGACGAAGGAUUGGGGCCGAAUGGUCACUUGGCGCCCUUGUGGGCAGUGGUCUCUCGGGCCAUGGGGUUGACGGCACAGCAAACGGCCUAUCUGCAUAUGGUCAACCAUGCCAAAGCCGUGCUCGGCGCAGCGGUGCGCUCCUCUGUCAUUGGUCCUUAUAUGGCGCAGUCCAUCUUGGCCAGUCAACGCUUGCAGGAAAUGAUUUCUCGCCGAAUCGAGCGGGAGUGGGACACCCCCGUCGACCGGGCUGGACAGCUGGUCCCAGCAAUGGACUUGUGGAUUGGACGCCACGAGCUUCUUUACAGCAGAAUUUUUAACUCAUGA